AUGACAAUUUACAAUUUUUACUUUUUUAAUCGCAAAGGAACAUGUUUAGCCUACAAAGAAUGGUGUAGAGAAAAGAAAUCUGGAUUAUCUCAAGAAGAAGAAUUUAAAUUAGUUCACGGGAUGUUGCUUUCGUUGCGUUCUUUCACACACAAAUUGGCAACCAAAACGGGUCAUUUACCUUUGGUACACAGCUACAAAACUUCUUCCUACAAAAUGAAUUAUAUGGAGACUGCUACUGGGCUUAAAAUGGUUUUAAAUGCUGAUCCGGAUGCAGUGGCUAUAGCAGAAUUAAUGCAAGCAAUAUUUGCAAUGUUUGUUGAAACAGUAUUAAAAAAUCCAUUUUUGGACACUUCAAAACAAAUAGAUUCUGAACUAUUUCAUAAAAGACUUGAUGAGCUUGUAAGGUCUCAUUAUUGUUUUACUUAA